AUGGCCGCGCACUUGCCCAGACUGAGUGUCGCGAAAGCGACCCAGGAGCCUCUCGCCGACGCAAGAAACCCUGAUCUAUGUCCGCCACACACCUAUACCACACAUCUGAUAUCGCUCUCGCCACUAGUAAUCUAUAUUCCCUCCUUCCUCAGCACAUCCGAGAUAUCCCAUUUGCAAUCCACGCCACUCAGCGCAUUCGAGCGCUCCUCAGUCGCCGACUCCUCCGGCGCACAAUCCUCUAACGCCACCACUCGCACUUCGUCGUCCACAUCAUUAUCCGCCAACUCAUCGCCGCACGUCAGAUGCAUUACCGAGCGAGCCCGUCAAUUCCAGUCGCUAUCCCUGGAUCCAGCCCAUAUCGAGCCGCUGCAACUGGUCAAGUACGGCGCCGGACAGCAGUACCACGAGCACACGGACUGGUUCACGAGUCCAUCUCAGGCGACCUGGGAGGAGCACGGCGGCAAUCGACUGAGCAGCUUCUUCGCGUACGUCGAGGUCAGCGACGACAUUAUCGGCGGUGGGACUCGGUUCCCAUUCUUGGAUGCGCCUGGUGCUGAGAGGCACGGGGAAGGCCUCGGCACAGGCGUGUUUCGUGAUCCAGCUAUGGGACUCGGGCCUCCCGGGGGGCCAAACGCGACUGAGAGGGCGAAGCGUGAGGAGGAGUGGUGCAAGUGGAUUGACUGUAAUGAGCCUUGGGAGAAUGGGUUGACGUUUCGGCCUGUGGAGGGGAGUGCAGUGUUCUGGGUGAACUUGCUACCAACAAAAGGCGGAAAGGCCAGAGUGGGUGACGAAAGGACCGUACAUGCGGGACUGCCUGUGCUGAGGGGUCGGAAGAUGGGUAUGAAUAUCUGGACCCGGGAGGGGAGGAUGAGUGGGAAGUACCGAGGAGAGUGA